AGCCCGCGCGGAGCCGGCUCAGAGCGAGAAAAGCAAACCCAACCCGUCGGGGCCGCCGCUCCGGACCCGCAGCCGCCGCCGCCGCCUCCUCCCCCCGGAUCGGGUGUACUGUCCCAACCCGAAAGUCCAGUUCUGCGGCCCGGCAGCGGCGAGCGGGCGCGAUGACACAGGAGUACGACAACAAACGGCCAGUGUUGGUUCUUCAGAAUGAAGCACUUUAUCCACAGCGGCGGUCCUACACUAGUGAGGAUGAGGCCUGGAAAUCCUUCCUGGAAAACCCUCUCACUGCAGCGACCAAAGCGAUGAUGAGCAUCAAUGGAGACGAAGACAGCGCCGCUGCGCUGGGCCUGCUCUAUGACUACUACAAGGUUCCAAGAGAGAGAAGGUCAUCAACAGCAAAGCCAGAGGUGGAGCACCCCGAGCCAGAUCACAGCAAAAGAAACAGCAUACCAAUUGUGACAGAGCAGCCCCUCAUCUCUGCUGGAGAAAACAGAGUGCAAGUACUGAAAAAUGUGCCGUUUAACAUUGUCCUUCCGCAUGGCAACCAGCUGGGCAUUGAUAAGAGAGGCCAUCUGACAGCUCCAGAUACGACAGUCACUGUCUCCAUAGCAACGAUGCCUACCCACUCCAUCAAGACAGAAACCCAGCCGCAUGGCUUUGCUGUGGGAAUCCCCCCAGCAGUGUAUCAUCCUGAGCCCACUGAGCGGGUGGUGGUUUUCGAUCGGAAUCUCAGUACUGACCAGUUCAGCUCUGGUGCUCAAGCCCCAAAUGCUCAAAGGCGAACUCCAGACUCGACCUUCUCAGAGACCUUCAAGGAAGGCGUUCAGGAGGUUUUCUUCCCCUCGGAUCUCAGUCUGCGGAUGCCUGGCAUGAAUUCAGAGGACUAUGUUUUUGACAGUGUUUCUGGGAACAACUUUGAAUAUACCCUGGAAGCUUCAAAAUCACUUCGACAGAAGCCAGGAGACAGUACCAUGACAUACCUGAACAAAGGCCAGUUCUAUCCCAUCACCUUGAAGGAGGUGAGCAGCAGUGAAGGAAUCCAUCAUCCCAUCAGCAAAGUUCGAAGUGUGAUCAUGGUGGUUUUUGCUGAAGACAAAAGCAGAGAAGAUCAGUUAAGGCAUUGGAAGUACUGGCACUCCCGGCAGCACACUGCUAAACAAAGAUGCAUUGACAUAGCUGACUAUAAAGAAAGCUUCAACACUAUCAGUAACAUCGAGGAGAUUGCGUAUAACGCCAUUUCCUUCACGUGGGACAUCAACGAUGAAGCAAAGGUUUUCAUCUCUGUGAACUGCUUAAGCACAGAUUUCUCUUCCCAGAAGGGAGUGAAGGGGUUGCCUCUUAACAUUCAAAUUGAUACCUAUAGUUACAACAACCGCAGCAACAAGCCUGUGCACCGGGCCUACUGCCAGAUCAAGGUCUUCUGUGACAAGGGAGCUGAGCGGAAAAUCAGGGAUGAAGAACGAAAGCAAAGCAAAAGAAAAGUUUCUGAUGUUAAAGUGCCACUGCUUCCCUCUCACAAGCGAAUGGAUAUCACGGUUUUCAAACCCUUCAUUGAUCUCGAUACUCAGCCUGUCCUCUUCAUUCCUGACGUGCACUUUGCCAACUUGCAGCGGGGCACUCAUGUCCUUCCCAUUGCCUCUGAAGAAUUGGAGGGUGAAAGCUCUGUCUUGAAAAGGGGGCCGUACGGCACAGAAGAUGACUUUGCUGUCCCUCCUUCUACCAAGCUGGCCCGGAUAGAAGAACCAAAGAGAGUGCUGCUCUACGUUCGAAAGGAGUCAGAAGAAGUCUUUGAUGCCCUGAUGCUCAAAACCCCAUCUUUGAAGGGCUUGAUGGAAGCUAUCUCAGACAAAUAUGAUGUUCCCCAUGACAAGAUUGGGAAAAUAUUCAAGAAGUGUAAAAAGGGGAUCCUGGUGAACAUGGACGACAACAUUGUGAAGCAUUACUCCAAUGAGGACACCUUCCAGCUGCAGAUUGAAGAAGCCGGGGGGUCUUACAAGCUCACCCUGACGGAGAUCUAAAGGCCCGCGGGCCACAGCUCCCCAGGAGUUCAGUGCAGGUGUUUCUAGAUCUUACGGUUUGGCAAGUGCAGGUAACCCCAGUCAGCCAUGUCGCCAGCACAGGUCUAUGUCGAGGGAAGGGGUUCCUUGCAGGUUGGAGGCGGGGCUGCAUCUGGCUUGGUGGUAGCAUUUAAUCUAUUGCAUUGGCGUUUUUCAGAUGAAAGAGAAAUCCAUAUACCAUUAUGUUUGAAUUUCCUGAUAUAUACAGGAUUUAAAGUGAAAACUUUAUUCCAAGAGUUAACAGAGUCUCUGGGAAGCUUUAGGACAUCUGCUACGUUAUUUAUCAAAAUAUUGGGAUCUCUGCCUUGUGCCUACAAUGUCGUGGGCCUGCUCGCUAGCAGAAGUCAGAAAAGGCGAUAGGCUUGGCUUUAAGGAUUUCGUGCCCUUGCCUGAAUUCAGUACAACUCCACUGCCUCACGUUAGCGGGAGCGCACCUGAAGAGUACAGGGGGGAGCCCUCUCUCCCUUACCCUCUCACUCUCCACCAGAUGUUUACUAAACAGGGCAUGUUACUGAAAUCUUCCUUUGCGACUUUCUCGGACAUAUCAACUGCCUUUCUCAUGAAGAAUUUUAAUGGGUUACAGUAUGAAAUCAGUUAAGAUAAAGCUGCAUUGUAUAUAAGUGCAAUAUAUUUUUGAAGGUCUGUAAAUGUGUACAUACAUGUCUUAUAUAAAUAUAUAAUAUAUAAAUAUGGUGUCUGUGUACAUACAGUGAAGAUAUGCAGUAAGAGCUACCUUAAAGACUUUCCCUAGACAAAGGUUAAGUUAUUUUUGAUCGUGUAUACCAAGCAGAUAGAAUACCGUGCUUAGUGGAACCCGCUAAAAACCUUUUUCUCUGUUUUUCCAAACACAGUCAUUCUGUAGCAUAGCAAAACCUUCUCAAAUGACAGAGAUUCUGUUUGCUGUUGAGAAUGUUGUUAUUUGGAUUUCUGCACUGUUUAACAAAUGAAGUAAAAGAAAAACACUACUGCAAUCACGUCUUUUGUUAUGCUAGUAUCAGUCAGAUGCACUUAGAGUGAAGAAACACUGUAAUUACAGCACACAGAUUGCAAGUAUUGCGUACCAAGUGAUACAACUCGAAAUGCAGUUCUCAUCUUCCUGUUUUGAGAAAUGAUCAUUUUAUCACGCAUCAGAGCCUUCGUGCUUUAUCUUGUAUGUUAACAAUUCUAGAAAACAUUCAUGAAUUCACAAAAAUACGUUACUAUGGCAGGGGAACAUUUUGUACACAUUUAAGUAUAUAAAAAUACUAAAAUACGUAAUUUUAUAACAAAGUCACGGGUAUCUUUAGGUUCAGGGAACUAGACUAGGUCAUUCGUGUAAAUGGACUGGUCGUUACAGUCUUAGGUUAAAGUAUUCUAAUGAAGUAUGGGAACUAAAUUGCUAGUUUUCUAAGAUAAGAUAUGGGAUAUGGGUCAUAUAACGUUUAUAUUUUUUAUGAAAUUGAUUUUGUCUUGUGUGUUAUUUUUAAUUGUAUCAUUGAAGAUGUAUUUUAAACCAAAGGGAUUAAAUUUUAUAUGUCUAUUUCGUAAUAUGUCAUUUCCUGUUUUUCAAUUUGACUUUGCAUUGCUCAGUAAAACAUGAGAGCUGAAAAGCAUCUCAUUG